AUGGCAAAUAUGUGCAUAUUUUGUUUUUGGGACAUUAAUCCGAACCGACUCAGAUUCAAUUGCAAGCAUUCAUUCUGCGAGAAGUGUAUUGGAGAUGGUGAUCGAUGUUUAUUUUGCAAUAAACAAUCUGAAAUUAUUGGUUACAAUCUACCAACACAACCAAAAGUUAAAAGGGUUCUAUUAGAACCUGUGUUCAUAUUAGACUGUAUCAUUCUCCUUGCAUACCCAGCUGUUCUCGAAUCAUACACCGAUAGUUAUUAUCAUCUCAAAUCAAUUGAUUUUAUCAAUUUAACAUACGAAGAGGUAUUGUCGUCUAUCUUUGAAAUAGUACCCGACCAAUCAUUAAUAGACAUGGAUGUUUGUUUAUUCUUUUCGAUACUUGGAGAAAGUAGAUUGGCAUACUCACCAGAAAUGACAUUCCUAUCAAAUAGCAGAGAUAUUGUUAGAGAUCUUACAACACAAUAUCAUUUCCAUAUCGCUAUACGAUGGAACAAGAUGGCAGAUAUCAUUAUUAAUAAUUAUAUAACUGAAUAA